CCGCCGCGCUACCGGGCUCCGCCUCGGCGUUCCCGGAGGGGCGGCGCUCCCGGGAGCUGCCCGGCCACCGGGGCCCCGCUGCAGCGGGAGGCGAGCCAAGGUCUCCCAGGUCGUUUUCCUCAGAGCACCAUGGCUCUGUCCUGCACAUUGAGGUUACUGCCCCGGCACCUUCGCCCUUCAAGUGCUCUCCUGAGCAGCCUGCCCGGUGGGGACCACAGCCUGGUGAAGGAGAAGAAGACAGCAGUAAAGCAGAGGGAGAAGAAAAAGGCCAGGGAGGACAUCAGCCUGCCAGGUUCCUCCUGGGAGGAGAGGCUAGCAAACGCGGUGACUCCGCUGUGGAGACUUCCCUACCAAGAGCAGCUGCAGGACUCCUCUGCAGGUGAAGCAUGAAAGCCAGAGGAAGGUUUUGCAGACACUGGCGUCUCGUCUCAAGGAGCUGGGCGUAGAUGGGCAGAAACCUGGUGGACUCUGCUGUCCUCUCCAGCCUGUAGUCCCUUCACCCGUCAUUAAUGGCUACCGAAACAAAUCUACGUUCUCUGUGAACCAAGGACCAGAUGGGAACCCCAAAACCGUGGGGUUGUAUGUGGGAACUGGCAGAG